CGAGCUGUCAGCCAGCUGCAAGUCCCGCCCCAGGCUCUACGGCCACGCCCUACAGCCAGUCACGUGAGGCGCCAAGAUGGCGGUGUCGCAGACCCAAACUGGGUCUCCAGUGAGGGCUGCUAGUGUGGAGCAGAUGGAAGAUAGAGAAGCGCCCCAGAACAUCAAGAUGGCAAUUUAUACACGUGGUCGGCUGAUUCCUUCUCUAGGAGAUGCAAAAUUCAGAAAACCUGUGAUCACCGAAAUCAUUGAAAAAAAGUUUGAAUAUUAUACAAAAGAUAUUUUAGAUAAGCAUGGAAUUUUCUAUGGAACUACUAGUGCCAUGUCUGGAGUACUGGCAAACGCCAUUUUCAGAAGCAGUUUCAAGGUCCAACAUGAAGCUUUGAAGACCUUUGCUACCUUAGCUACCCUUCCAUUUUUGUCUACCGUCGUUACUUACAAGCUCUUUGUAACUGAUGCUUUGCACUCAGGUAACAUAAGCAAGGAAAACUGUAUUCUGAGAAGUGUACUGAUUGGCUUUAUAUGUGGUAUUUCAUAUCCCAGUGCUCUGGCUUUUUCUAAAAAUGGACAAUUGGCAGUAAAGUAACAUACAGUUG